CUCUAUCCGGCACUUGUCCCCCUGUGUCUCUGGCGCCGUACAACGCUUCUUCCCGCGCCCACGCCGCCCAGUCCUGAGUCCGGAGCUCGGCGGGCGCCACAUGGCUACGAUGUCGCGUGCCCUCGGUUCGGCGUUCGUAGGCUUCACGCGGACCCCCGCCGUGCCGCCGGCCACGACCUUGCCUUCCUCGUGCGCUUCCUCGGCGCUCCUCCUUCGCUGGCAGCGGAGCCGAGGCGGCGGCGCACGGCGGUUCUCGUCCGGACGCAACGCGCGGAUUAGCAUGAGCCUCCGCGCCGGCAUCGUCGGCCUGCCCAACGUCGGCAAGUCCACCCUCUUCAACGCCAUUGUUGAAAAUGGGAAGGCCCAAGCUGCAAACUUUCCCUUUUGCACCAUAAACCCAAACACUGGUGUCGUUGCUAUACCCGAUCCUCGCUUGCAUGUGCUCUCAGGAUUAAGCAAGUCCAAGCAGACGGUCCCAACAUCCAUUGAGCUUGUGGACAUAGCAGGCCUCGUCAAAGGCGCAAGCAAAGGAGAGGGACUUGGAAAUCAAUUUCUUUCAAACAUACGUGAAGUAGAUUCCAUACUUCAGGUUGUGCGAUGUUUUGAAGAUGACGACAUUGUUCACGUAAAUGGAAAAGUUGAUCCAAAGUCAGAUAUUGAUGUGAUUAACCUAGAACUGAUAUUUUGUGAUCUUGAACAGAUAGAGAAGCGGUUGGAUAAGCUUAAAAAGAGCAAAACUAAAGAUCCGCAAGUAAAAGUGAAGGAAGAAGCAGAAAGGUCAGGAUUGGAAAAAAUUCUGAAGGCACUUAUGGAUGGAAAACCUGCAAGAUCUGUUGAGUUGGCUGACCAUGAGAAAGAAGCUGUACAACAUCUUUAUCUGCUAACUAUGAAGCCUGUCAUUUAUGUUGCAAAUGUAACUGAAUCUGAUCUUGCUGAACCUGAUCAAAAUCCCCAUGUCAAAGAGGUGGCCAAACUAGCAUUAGAGUUGCAAUCUGGCAUGGUUACAAUAUCAGCUCAGGUUGAGGCUGAACUUUCUGAACUACCAUUAGAAGAGAGAGUUGAAUACCUAAAAUCUCUUGAUGUUGCUGAAAGUGGGCUAGGCGUUUUGGUUAAAGCAACAUAUAACCUUUUGGGACUAAGAACAUAUUUCACAACCGGGGAGCAGGAAACAAAAGCUUGGACCAUUCUUGCAGGCAUGACUGCACCUCAAGCAGCUGGAGUUAUUCAUAGUGACUUUCAGAAAGGCUUCAUUAGAGCUGAAACUGUGUCCUAUGAUGAUUUUGUUGCGACGGGUUCGCUUGGAGCAGCAAGGGAGAAGGGAGUGCUGAGGUUGGAAGGGAAGGAAUAUGUUGUGCAGGAAGGAGAUGUCAUGCUCUUCCGAUUCAAUGUCUAACGGUAGCACGUGAGAAGUUUCAAUAUGCACUCAGAAUUUUCUACAAGCUUACAAGGCAAAGCAAAAUUUGGGUAGAGCAUGAGAUUUUGUCUUUGAGAUAUCAGCUGUCCAUGUACUCGGCAUUGUCGCAUUUUUUCCCCAGAGGAAAACACCAUGAUUCUUUGUUUAAUUUCGGUGUGACAUCUCUUGGGAUCCUUAGUAUCGUCUUAUAGAUCACUUUACAUAAAUCAUGUGUUGUAUUAUUAGUUUUAUUGAGGAAACCGAUUAAAGUAUAUUCUGUAAUCCCUGGAGUGCAUGCAUACUCCAGCACUGAAUUACCCACUUAUUGAAUUCAGUAUACUAAAAAUUAUUCCUAACA